UGAAGUGUGUUGGAUCUGGAAUUCGGUAGCGCACCAGGCUUGACCACUUUUCAAUGUUAGCAAGGCGUUCACUUGCCCGCAUCGCGACCCAGCCCUCCCCGUUGGGAGCUGCUCCCAAAAAUGCCCGCAACAUGGCUACGUUGCGUGAAAUCGAGCUACGGUUGAAGUCGGUCAAGAAUAUCGAGAAAAUUACCAAGUCCAUGAAAAUGAUUGCUUCCACUAAGCUCGCAAAGGCACAGCGUGCCAUGCAAAGCGGCAAGGAGUACGGUCUUGCUAACUCCGAGAUAUUCCAGCACGCUCCCUCGGAAACUCCUGCAAAGCGCAAGCUUUUCAUUGUCGUCUCCUCCGACAAGGGUCUCUGCGGUGGUAUCCAUUCUUCCGUGUCCAAAGCCACCCGUCGUGCCAUUGCUGACACUGAGAAGCCCGUCGAUUCCGACUCUCCCAUCAUGGUCAUCGGCGACAAGUCCAAAGUGCAGCUGUCACGUGUACUUGGCAAGAACUUGGCUAUGUCCUUCAACCAAAUUGGUCGCGACAUACCCACAUUCGCUGAUGCUGCUGGUGUUGCCGACUUGAUUGUGAAGAGCGACGUCAAGUACGACGGAAUUUCUAUCGUUUACAACAAAUUCGUGUCUGCUGUCUCUUACGAGUCUGAAAUCGUUGAAGUUGUGGGCGAGAAUGCAUUGAAGGAGUCUGCUGGAUUCCGGGCAUAUGAAAUGGAGGACGACGUUACAAAGGACCUUGCCGAGUUCUCGCUCGCAAACGCUAUCUAUGCUGCUCUUGUCGAGGCUCACGCAUGCGAGCAAAGUGCCCGUCGCAACGCCAUGGACAAUGCAUCAAAGAACGCAAAAGAAAUGAUUGACCGACUGACGAUGCAAUAUAACCGUGGCCGUCAAGCCGCCAUUACCAACGAGUUGGUCGACAUUAUUACCGGUGCUAGUGCACUAUAAGCACAGUGCUGUGGUUGUUUUAUACAUACCAAGUCAUUACCCCUGUCUACAUCGAUAGUGAGAUACUUGGAACUUUUUUGCUCUGAAA